AUGAACAAGAACGACUACGCUGGGAACUACGAAGAUCGCGAUCGCGGCGGCGGCGCGGACAAGAUCCUGGUCCCGGAGUUUUCGGCAGAGGACGACAGGGACGGUGUGAAGGCAAGGGGCUAUCUCCGGAAGAUCGAGGCUUGGCGGCGGGUCACGAAGAUCAAGAGCUACAAGCAGGCCUUGAUGUUGUACAACCACCUCACGGGGCGGGCAUGGCGUGACGCGGAGGAGCUCGAUGUGGAAUGGCUGGACGGGGACUCUGGCAUGGACUACUUCAUCGACUGGAUCCGCAAUCGCUACUUGGACCGCGAGGUGAUCAAGGUGGGCAAGUACAUGACGGACUUCUUCAAGAACCUUAAGAAGCACAACAACCAGGACGUGAAGGAGUUCAACCAGGAGUUUGACCGACAGGCCGCCAGGCUGAAGGAGGUGGGUUGCGCUUUGCCUGACGUCUGCCUGGCUUGGUGGUAUAUGGAUAAACUUCGCCUCGACAAUGCGACCGAGCUCAACCUCCUCUCAUCCACGGGCAACGACUACAACCUCUACAAGCUCCAGGACGCGGCCAUCAUCCAGGACAGGAUGAACCGUCGACUUUGGGAAUCUCAUCGGGGACGGAACAACGAUAAGUACGACCAGAACAAGAAGGGUCAGCAGGCCUAUGUGACCGAGGAGCUGGGGGAGGGACAGUCCGAGGACGAGGAGUCGGAGCUAGACAUGGACGUGGAGGGCAUCGAUGAAGAGGCGGAGGAGGCAUAUGUGACCUACCAGAACGCGAAGUCCAAGUACCGCACCAUCAUGAACGCGAGGGGCAUCAAUCCGAAGGCGAACCAGGAGGAGCGCAUCAAGGCGGCCAAGGCGAGGUCCUACUGCUCCGCGUGCAAGAAGAAGGGGCACUGGCACAAGGACCCGGAGUGCCCCCUCAACCAGAAGAACCCGCAGGGUGACAAGCGGGACGCACACCAGGUGAAGUUCUGCCACGUCGCCUACAUGACUGACAGCAUGACGGAGACCGAGCUCUACGGCAUUACUGAUUGCGCGUGUAGCAGGACGGUUGCGGGGCGACCGUGGAUCCGGCGGAUGGUGCGGAAGGCGAAGGAAAACAACAUCCCGUACUUCUUCAUGGCACAGGAGGAGAACUUCAAGUUUGGUGGGCCGGACAUUUUUCGUUCUGAGCGUGCCCUGGUGGUUUGGCUGCAGAUCAACGGAGCACCCUUUAUCCUGAAGAUCGCGGAGGUCAAGUGUGUCCUGCCGUUGCUGCUGAGCAGGAAUGUUUUGGCGGGCCUCGGCAUGUGCUAUGACAUCAGCAAGCACGUGGCGGACUUCAGUGAGCUCGGCGUUGAGGGCUACAAGCUUGGCCAGACCGAGACGGGGCACCCCAUGGUAGUUGUCACCGGAGGUGGCAUUUGCUGGCCAUCCUGGCCGGAGGCCGUGGAUUGGUCGGUGGUGGAGUGUGACGUUCACCGACCAGCCCGAUCGUGCUACAUGGUGCAUGGGGGAGCGGGGAACGAUAUGAGGGUCAACCACAUAUUCUACCCCAAGAAGGUUGAGCAGGCUCACAAGGACAAAUUGGUGGCCCCCCUACUGGAUGUUGACUGGUUUUGGGCUUGGUGGUCGGGGAGCAGCAUUUCCAAAGACUUCUGGAUUGAAACCGACACCCAUUUUGUGCGGAUUCACAUGGUACCACGGAGGAGGACGGAACUGGCGGUGGACCGCCCCCCAAUUCGCUAUAUGCCCGAGCUGAAGCCAUGGAAGAUGAAGAGGGCCGAGCUCGUGGAGAAGUUGGACGAUUUGCUCAUCGACUACGACCAGAAGGCGACGGUGCCAGAGUUGCAGGAGAUCCUCAAGAAGCAUCUGACCAAAACGGAGGAGCUGGCCAAGGGCUACACGCGGUUCACGGUGGGCGAGCUGCGGGAGAUGUGCAACAAGAAGAAACUCCGAGUUCCGGCAACGGCCAACAAGGGAUGCCUCAUCCAAGCUCUACGCUAUGCGGAGGGCGGCCACAGCAAGGAAGAGAUCUCCUUCGGACGCUACAAGGGGAAGACCUACGAGGCGAUCCCGAUGGACUACCGGCUCUGGGCGGUGGAAGAGGUAUCCAAGAACGAGACCCCGGCGGCGGCACUGGUACGGUUUGCAACGUGGGCAAAGCGGUGGAUGGAAUUGGAGGCUCUCGAGGAGGAAGUCAUCGACCCGGAGGAAGCGGCGGUGGUGGCACCCCCCAAGAGCACGAUGGACUUCAAGCCGACGAUUCGCAAGAAGGCGAUGACGUCUACUACGACUGCGAAGAGGGCCACGCCCGCGACGAGCGACUCGGACGGGUCCUGGCUGCAGGCGGAUCCCAUGGACUCGGAGACGGAUGCGGACGCCAACAAGAAGAUCCUGGAGUUGGAACGCUACUGGGCAGUGAGAGAAGGGCGAGCCAAGCAGAAGGCAGUAGCGAAGUUGGAGAAGAUCGGGGAGCCCCGGGAGAGCAGCGGCGACCUCACGGUGAACGAGGACAACCUGGACUAUGACGAUGACAUUGAGCACAGGAUCAACUCAUGCCGGGGACGGAAGGUCAAGAACUCCACGCGGAAGAUGAUCGGCAGUUGGACGCGGAAGGUGUGGCAGGCAUUUUUGAGUACGGCAGUGGCGCUGGCUGGGCCCGUCAUGGUGGAGGCUAACGAGGCGGUGGUCGAGCCGAUCAAGGACCUGUACAACGCGACAGUGCUCCCGAGGUUUGGGGAGGAGGGACAACCCUACGUGCUGGAGGUCUUUGCCGGUAAGAACCACAUCACGCAGGCCUUCGCGGCGAAGGGGUACGACGUUAUGGAACCGCGUGAUCUUCUACUCGGCCACGACAUCCGCAUCAAGGAGGUCAGGGAGAAUAUCCUUGAGGACAUCCGGAAGUUUAAGCCGAAGCUGGUUUGGUUGGCACCCCCUUGCACCUUAUGGAGUCCUUGGACGAGGAUCAACUACUACGGCAGGGCGAACCAACUUCGGCGACUCCGACAACAUGAGCGGAUGUUCCAGGAGUUCGCGGAGGAGUGUGCGCGGUUGCAGCGGAGUGGUGGUAGGCACAUCAUCAUCGAGAAUCCCGCCCAGAGUGAACUGUGGCAUACCCCUAGGAUGACGUCUGUCAUCAAGGACUACCAUCUCCUGGAGUGCAACCUCGACAUGUGCGCCUACGGCCUGAAGGGCAAGUCCGAUGGCAAGCUCCUGAAGAAGCCGACCAAACUUUUGGUCAGCUCUGAGAUCUACCAUCACGAACUGGCCAGGAGAUGCGACAAACGACAUGACCAUGGCCAGACAGCAGGGGCGAAUACGGCACCUUCAGCAUGCUAUACCUGGAGUUUUGCACGGGCGGUGGUAGAAGCAACAUGCAAAGUGGACAGCUCCUACGUGACUGCCUAUGUGGCGGAUGCAGGGGAGGAGGACGUUGGUGGAGAUCAACAACCGGAGGAUGACUUGGUGGGGGCUUCCGGCAUCAAGCUCCCGAAGGCUACUUCAGCCGCUACCGCUUCGGCGCUCCGGCGGAUCCACCAGAACCUUGGACACCCCAGCAACAAGGACUUGACGCGACAUCUACGGCUAUGUGGUGCGACGGAGGAGGCCAUCAAGGGUGCGCAGGGGCUAAGGUGUGACACGUGCCAGAGGUUGAGGCGACCGGGGACACAACGACCCGCGAAGACUGUGCUGCCUAUGGACUUCAAUGACGAGGUGGCGGUCGAUCUCUUUUACCUCUAUGACCAAGGCAAGGUUAAGCACUCUAUCCUGUCGGUCAUGGAUUUGGCCUCGGGCUACCACGUUUGCCGGAAAAUCCAGAGCAAGCUCUCCGAGGAUCUUGCAGAGUCUGUUCGUCAACUUUGGUUGGAGUGGGCCGGCAUGCCUAAGCGGAUGGUCUGUGACCAGGAGCGGGGAUUUCAGAAGAACUUUGUUGACGAGAUGGAAAACCGCGGGAUCCACGUGAAGUACAUUGCAGGACAGGCUCAUUGGCAGCUUGGACAACUUGAGCGACAGCAAGGUUGGCUGCGUACGAUGUGGGAGAAGGUGGUGGAACACGAAAACAUCAACUUCCAGGAGGCGGAAUGGGCAUUGCUUCAGGUGGUGCAGGCCAAGAACAACCUUCGGCGGCGGCACGGGUACUCCCCGGCACAAUGGGUACUCGGAGUACAACCUCGCAUGGAGGACGGACUCGCAGACGGAGGACAAGAACUACUACCAGCAGACACUGCGGGCGGUGCAUGGAGCAGAAAGAUGGCUAUCCAACGAGCAGCAAGAAUGGCUUUCUUCGAGAGUCAGGCGACGGAGGCGGUGCGUCGGGCGGCUUUGGGACGGCCACGCGUGAAGAAGAACGAGUACCAGACCGGGGACAUUGUCUACAUCUACAGGGUCAAGAAGACUCCGGGCGGUGCUGGCAGCCAACGACAAGGUGCAGGACAAUGGAUCGGCCCAGGCACGGUGGUGGGGGCCGAGGGCAGCUCAGUAUGGGUAUCCCGUGGUGGACGAUGUUUGCUUUGUGCCCAAGAGCAUCUACGACCAGCAGAGUCAAGUGAGUUGGGCACGCUCUUCCAGGUGCAGUCCAUGCAGAAGGACCUACGGCAGCUUUUAGAACGAAUCGACGAUGACGGAGUGGACGACGAGGAGAUCUUCCACGAUGCGAGCAACCUCAUGGAGGACGGGGAUGCGGAGGCCUACAGGAAGCAGAAGCGGCAAUGGCCGGAUGGCGUGCCCCGGAGGAGGAUGCGUCAAAAGGGGCCGGUGCCUCACGCUGUCGAGGACGACCUGCGCGACGGGGAGGACGAGUACUCACCGAGUGUGGCUGCGCCAGAUGAGGAGAUUACGGGGAUGGACUUCGUCAACGACUAUGCGGACAAGUCGGAGGGCGACGACAUCCAGGAUGUGGACGAGGCGAUGUGGACGACGCACAAGCGCACCCCCAAGACUAUUGCGAAGCAGCGUGACAAGGAGGUGGCUUGGAACGACAUCCCGGCCGCCGAGAAGGAGUUGUACGUUGCUGCGGAGAAGAAACAAUGGGACGAGCACGUCAAGUACGGCGCGGUGCGGAUCCUCUCGGCCCAGGAGAGUGAGGAGGUGAUGAAUAAGGUUCACCCGUCGAGGAUCCUGAACUCCCGGUUUGCCUACAGGGACAAGAACGUGGCGAAACGACGUGAGGACCCUGCUGUCCCUCCCAAACCAAAGGCGAGGCUAUGCAUUGCUGGCCAUCGCGACCCUGAUCUUACUGGCGGAGGAAUGGAGACGGAGGCACCGACAGUGAGCAAGACCUCGCUGUCUACGUUAUUGCUGAUCGCGGCACAGGAGGACUGGGAGUUAGCAGCGGGAGACGUGCAGGCGGCCUUUCUCAACGGCGAGGAGUCCCGACGAGGUCUCUACAUGCGACAACCAGUACGUGGGUUACCUGAGAUGGAGCCGAACCAGUUGGUAGAGGUGGUGAAGGGCAUCUUCGGCCUGGCGAACUCACCACGGCUUUGGUGGAAACGGCUGGCGAAGGAGCUCUUGGCACUGGACUUCGUGAUUAACAGCGAGACGCUGAAGUUGGAGCAGCACCCUUUGGAUAGCUGCUUCUUUCUGUUGCGGAAUGCAGAAGGUGUCCUACGGGGAGCGUUGGUUACACACGUGGACGAUAUCCUGAUCGCGGCGGCCCCCCAAGAGCUGGUCCAGCUCAAGAAGAACCUGUCUGGGAUCUUCCCCAUUGCGGAGUGGGAGGACAAGGAGUUCGAGUAUAUCGGGUCCCAGAUCAAGCAGGCGGACGGCGUCAUCGAAUUGGGUCAAUGCAGCUACGUGAAGUCGAGGCUGGAAACUACGGAGAUGCCCAAGGAGCACGACGCGGAUGAACUUGCAGACGAGGUGACCAAGAUGGACAACCAGUCGGUGGUCGGGGGGCUCUCGUGGUUGGCGUCUCAGACCCGACCGGACCUGCAGACGGGGGUGUCGAUGGCUCAGAGGAAGCAGCGGGCACCAACCUACGGCGACGUCAAGGAGACUAACAAGAUCGUCAAGCUGGCGCAGGAGUGCAAGGGCGAGGUGUUGAAGUACCAGAAGAUCGGCAGUGGCAAAUGGAGUGAUAUGGUUCUGCUGGUCUUCCACGACGCGGCUUGGGCAAACGUUCCGGAGGAGCGCAUGGAGGACUUCUACAAGGUCCACGGCAAGGAGGCGGACUUUGACAUCAACAAAGGCAUCGUUGACCAGGGCGUCUACUCACAACUGGGGCAUGUGCUGGUGAUGGCGCACCGGAACGUCCUGGAGGGUGAGAAGAGCAAGGCGGUGAUCUGCGAGUGGAAGUCUCAUGCAUGCCCUCGGGUCUGCAGGAGCACGUUUGCGGCGGAAACGAUGGCAGCUCUGGAGGGCAUCGAGGACGCUAUGGCGUUCCGGGCAAGCCUCGCAGGUGCUCUUCGACGAGGUGGACUCGACGAAGGGUCGUGCCGGGACAUCAUCCCCAUAGUCCCGCUGACAGACUGCCGAUCGCUCUAUGACGCGAUCAAACGCGAAGGGGGUCCCAAAGCCCCUUCGGAAAAGCGGUUGCUGAUCGACCUCUCGGCUCUACGACAGUUGCUGGAUGGGGAGUUUGCACGGUGGGGCAAGGAGCUCAGCUGGACCACGACUAUGAGAUGGAUCCCCACGACCUAUCAACUCGCCGACCUGCUCACGAAGGUCAAGAGAUCCACUGAGUGGUGGAGCCAUGUACAUGGGGUCCAGCUUCCAUUCUGUCCAAAGGGCACAUAG